GGGUGACAUUAAGCUGAAACAGCAACACAGCAACCAUGGCCACGUUACACUGCAAUUCUCUCCCUCUCAACAAAACCUGCUAUCCCAGAAGAACAACCUCGUACCCUGUUUUCUCCUCCACCCAUUUUAUCUCAACUCUUAGCAAUUCAAUCAGCACAAGUUCCAGAGCACUAAGGACCUCAACUUUCAGGUGGGGUUGUACUGUUUCUGCUGUUAUGUCAAAGGAGAAUUCAGUUGGGUCUAGUUUUUCUGCAACUGAUGUCUUCAAACUGACUUAUUUAGAGGGAAAUAGUUGGCUAUGGAAUGUGGGUGGGGCUAACAUUUUGGUUGAUCCAAUUUUGGUGGGCAACUUGGAUUUUGGAAUUCCUUGGCUGUAUGAUGCUGCUAAGAAGUUCUUAAAGAAGUUCCAGCUCAGCGAUCUUCCGGAAAUUGAUUGCAUUCUCAUUACUCAAAGCCUUGAUGACCACUGCCAUUUGAAGACCUUGAAGCCUUUUUCUCAGAAAUUUCCCAAUGUUAGAGUUAUAGCAACUCCUAAUGCCAAGAGCUUGUUGGACCCUCUUUUCAGAAAUGUUACAUAUAUAGAACCUGGAGAGAGCUCUGAUAUUGAAACAAAUUCUGGUGCGAAAGUCCGGGUUAAGGCUACAGCAGGACCAGUUCUUGGACCACCUUGGCAACGCCCUGAAAAUGGGUAUCUUGUUACAUCUCCUCUAGGCCAAUUGUCUCUCUAUUAUGAACCUCACUGUGUAUAUAACCAAAAUUUCAUUGAGAAGGAAAAGGCAGAUAUAGUGAUCACGCCAGUCAUAAAGCAGCUAUUGCCUUACUUUACCUUGGUCUCAGGACAAGAAGAUGCAGUGAAACUUGCAAAGCUGCUGCAAGCCAAGUUCAUUGUGCCAAUGAGAAAUGGAGACCUAGAUAGCAAAGGGCUUCUUGCUAGCAUAGUUCGGUCUGAGGGAACACUAGAGUCAUUCAAGGAGCUUUUAUCAAAAGAGAUACCAGAUGCAAAUGUUGUAGAGCCUACACCUGGAGUACCUGUAGAAAUUUCACCAAACUAAAGAUGUAGUUCUUCUUGUCCCUUUUGCCCCCUCUAUAUUUAUAUGUACGUGGGCCAAAAGGAACCUACUAGGUAUUCUUAUUCUUAAACCUGGAUUACUGUUAAUCCAACAAAGUAAUUUUUGCACCUACUUAACAAAAAUAAUCACAUAUCACUGUAUAAUAGUUUUGACAUUCAUGGUUAUAGAAUUUUGCACAACUUGUAUUCUAAAAUUUCACUCAAUGCAUAUAUAGAGAGAUUUAUCACAAUUAGAUUUGUU